CAGAGCAACACGUGUGUUAUCUUUCGCGAGUGCGCAUUUUAGCUUCGAUAGCAAACACAUUACGACGCCAAAUUGCAUUUAUAUAAGGGAUAAAAUUGAAUGGAGCUGCGUCAUCGAGGUAAUAGGUCCGACAACAAUCAACAAAUGGAAACAUUUCAAAUCGAUCAAAAGUCCAGUGAUACUAAAGAUGAAGCUAUCAGAAAUCAAAAAUAUCUCUCAGCUUUACCGACUCUCUUUGUUUCAGUUACCGUAUUAGUAAUUUUAAACGUGUUUGUGUAUUAUAUGGAUAACAAAUUGCCACCUCCUAUCGAGAUAAAUUCAACCAGUAAUGAUUUCGUUGCUAAACGUGCAAUGUCUACAUUAAUCAAACUAGCAAAUUUAGGUCCAAGACCAGUCGGUAGUUAUGAAAAUGAAAAAUUAGCUUUUAAUCUCUUAAAUACUGAAAUUAAUGAUAUUAUAAACGCUACAGACAGAGUUAACGAUAUUGAAAUAUACAACCAAAAAGUAAGUGGUUCAUUUAUCUUAAAUAUGAAAAAUUGGAAAUAUUUAUUGAGUUAUGAAGACUUACAAAAUAUCGUUGUUAAAAUAGAUCCUAAACAAGGUAUAAAUGACGCCAUUUUGUUAAAUUGCCAUUAUGAUACAGUUCCAGCAGGGCCCGGUGUAAGUGACAAUGGUGUGAACUGUGCCGUAAUGGUAGAACUCGUACGAAUUUUAGCAAAAACCCCACAUCUGGAGAGACCGGUAAUUUUUUUAUUCAACGGUGGCGAGGAAAUAAUGCUUCAAGCUUCUCACGGUUUCGUCACUCAACACCCUUGGUCAAAAAGCGCAAAGUACAUAAUCAAUCUGGACAGCUGUGGAUCGGGCGGCCGAGAAAUAUUGUUCCAGACCACAAAGUCGGAUUCGUAUCUAGUAGAUCUGUACGCUCGCACUGUUCCCCAUCCGUACGGGCAAGUGAUCGGCGAGGAACUAUUCCAAUCGGGCGUGAUACCGUCGGACACGGAUUUUAGAAUAUUCAGAGACUUCGGAAACAUGUCCGGUCUCGAUCUGGCGCAUUACAAAAACGGGUACGUCUAUCACACGAAACACGACGAUUUAGACCGGAUCGGACCGUCCGUGCUGCAGAACACGGGCGAGAACUUGCUCGCGCUCGCCAAAGCGAUGUCGACGCACAACGCGACGAUCACCGCGAACGGUACCAAGUCCAAGUACGUGUUCUUCGACGUGUUCGGCGUGUACAUGGUUUCCUUUACGGAACUGUCCGGGGCGUUCGGCAACUUCCUGGUCGUGUUGUCGUCGUUGUUCUCGAUUUUCCUGUCGCUCAGAUUCACGACGGCCGGCAUGAACCGCCGAGAGUACAGCACGCACCUGUUGACGGCCAUCGUCAGUCCCGGUUGCGCGUUCGCGGCGGCCGUGCUGUCGUGUAUGCUGGUGGCGUUCGCGCUGGACCGGCUCGGAUGUUCGAUGAGCUGGUACAGCAACCCGGCAAACCUGCUGGUGUACUUCGGCACGGCGUCGUGGUCGGUGUUGACCGUGGCCGCCUACUACCCGAAAACCCGGUCCAGGACCGAUGCGGAAUGGGCCGUGACGAUGCUCAACGGCGUGCAGCUGUUCUGGACCGCGCUGCUGUUCGUCGCCACCGUGGCCGGCCUCCGGUCCAGCUACCUGUUCGCCGUCAUGGUGCUCUGUCCGUCGGCCCUGGCCGGUCUGGGCGCCGCCGUCCUGGUGAUGGCCGUGGCCGUAGUCGCUGUCCGGCCGGUCGGACUCCCGUACUCGAAAUCCGUGGCCGAGCAGCGGUUCGACGUGAUGCACACGCGACGCGCGUUCCACGACUUCGGCGGCGGCGUCCGGUACAACGAUUCCGGUUACCUGAUCGUCAACUGGGACCGGCAGGGUCCGCGGACGGUCGCCGAAUUCGCGCCGGACGUGGUCCGCACCGAUUGCGCCGCCGAACUGAUGUGCGGCGUACCGGUGACCGGGUCGCUGGCGCCGCACACCGGUUGGCUGCCGGGUCGUCCGCCGCCGGCGCCACAGCGGUCCGCGGCCGCGGUCCGGGCGGUCGUACUCGGAGGCGACGAGCGACGGCGGCGGAUCGCGUUCAACGUGACCGGCCCGGAGAGGGUGACCGUGUACGUCAGCCCGUUUCCGGGUACGCGGUUGAAGUCCUGGAGUUUCGCCGGAACGCCGGAAGUGGCCACCAGUUGGAUGGGCAACGACGUGUACGUGAUAAAGCACUCGUCGGGGGCGGAUCCCGCGGCCGGUGGCAAGCAGAACGUGUGGAGCUUUUGGUUGGAACACGAGUGCGAUCGCGGCUUCGGCGAGAUGUCCAUCAACGUCACCGUGGCGCACAGUUGGGUGAUACACAAGGACUUGGUGUUGGACGACGAAUUCCGAUCGUUCGUCGAUUCGUUUCCGCGGUGGGCGCACGUCAACGUUGCGGUCGCCAACGUUGAAGCUUUUGUCUACUAAGUCAAUUAUGUCUCGGGAUUUUGAUAAAUAUUUUACGUAUAGGAAAACUCGAUUCCGAGCUAGAGGUUACCUAUAAUAAUAUAUAUAUAGAUAUUUACGUAAGUUCAGUAUAAGAUACAAUUUUCUCUUUCAACGUUUUUCGGCUCAAUUAAAAUAUAAUAUGGUAUUAAUAUAUAUUGUUAUGUAUUAGUAAUAUAGUUAUAAUUUAUAAUUAAGUAUAAAGUUAUACCUAUUAUCCGAGUUUUGAUUGUAUAGAUCAGUGGUUCUCAAUCUUUUUAUGACCGUGACCCAAUUUUUUUUCCAAAAAUCUAUUGCGACCCCCAUAGUUUUACGUUUACAAAAUCAAAAAAAUAAUUUCAAAAAACAAAUUUUUUAUUACUUACUUUACUACUUUAUAUUAACAAUA